CCUCUCUCUCCCACCUCCCGUCGUUCGUUACCUUCUCCACUGCCACCGCCAGCCAUGGGUGCCAAUCUCUCGAAGGCUCUCGGCAAGAUUUUCGGAAACAAGGAGAUGAGGCUGUUGAUGCUGGGUCUGGACGCGGCUGGAAAGACCACUAUUCUGUACAAGCUGAAGCUGAACCAGUCAGUUACCACCAUCCCAACAGUGGGCUUUAACGUGGAGACCGUGACGUACAAGAAUGUCAAGUUCAACGUGUGGGACGUCGGAGGGCAGGAUAAGAUCCGGCCACUGUGGAGGCACUACUACACCGGCACCCAGGGUCUCGUGUUCGUCGUCGACAGUCAGGACCGCGAACGUAUAGACGAGGCGAAGCAGGAGCUCCACCGUAUACUGAGCGAUCGGGAGAUGAAGGAGUGUCUUUUGCUUGUCUUUGCCAACAAGCAGGAUUUACCUGGGGCUAUGUCACCAGCAGAAGUUACCGAGAAGUUGGGCCUCCACCGGAUGCGCGACAGGUCAUGGUACGUCCACCCAAGUUGCGCGACGACCGGUGAGGGUCUCUUCGAGGGCCUUCAAUGGCUCUCGCAGAACGUGAAGAAGCGCCAGCAGUGAGUACGCUGCGGGUAUCUCGUUUCAGUCCGGGAAUCGGCUGUGUUCUCUCUCAUCUUCUGCUCUAUACCCUCACAUCCCUCUGGUGAUCUUGACUAUGUAACGGCCCGCAUGACGCACGCACGCUCGCACGACGGACACUGGUCCACACGCUUUUACAACCACUGCCUCCCUUACCUAUCCCAAUUUCCGUCUCGCGUUUAGCCACCAUUACUUACGUAGUUUUUUGUCCGCUUCACUUCGUGUUCAUGCGUGGUUACCCCUUUUGCCUCCAAGAUACACCAUCUGUAUUCGCGCUUUUAAUGGAUAAGCUGCUGCUCGCUUCGCUUUGCGGUUUCCGUGCACAUCGUCUCGUCUUGCUCAGGCUUCCUUCCAUGCGGUCCCGACCGACCUAUUACCGACUGUGCUCUAUCACCAUCCUGUCCUUUCUGCAAUACAACAACGGAUCUC